AUUUGAGAGUAAAAUACUUUGAUUCCACUCAGGACAACCCUGUUAACUUCCUCUUUUAAGCACUGUGGAGGCCAUUGCCACACUCAAAUAGGAUGGCCACUAAACCCCAAAUACAAUCGGUGCAAGUAUUCGGGCGUAAGAAAACUGCCACAGCAGUUGCCCACUGUAAGCGUGGUGUUGGUUUGAUCAAGGUGAAUGGCAAGCCACUGGAUCUGGUAGAACCUGUGACACUGAGAUACAAGCUCCAGGAACCAGUUCUACUUCUUGGUAAAGACAGAUUUUCUGGUGUUGACAUCAGAGUCCGUGUUAAAGGAGGUGGGCAUGUAGCACAAGUUUAUGCUAUCCGCCAAGCCAUUUCAAAGUCCCUUGUGGCUUACUAUCAGAAAUAUGUUGACGAGGCCUCAAAGAAGGAAAUAAAGGACAUUCUAGCACAGUAUGACAAGUCCCUGCUAGUUGCUGAUCCUCGUCGUUGUGAACCCAAGAAAUUUGGUGGUCCAGGAGCUCGUGCACGUUACCAGAAAUCUUACCGUUAAGAACUGUCGUAUCAAAUAUGAACAUGGACUAUGUUUAAAAGAAACUAAAAAUGGAAAUAAAGUGAAAAAAAUACUAAA